GGUGUGAUCCCGUUUGUGGACGUCGCACGUGUUGUCGAUAUGUCCACCCACAAGAAGAAGACAAGGAAGCUAAGAGGUCAUGUCAGUCAUGGACAUGGUAGAGUAGGUAAACAUAGGAAGCACCCUGGUGGUCGUGGUAAUGCUGGUGGUCUGCACCAUCAUCGUAUCAACUUCGACAAGUACCAUCCUGGGUAUUUUGGAAAGUUGGGUAUGAGGAAUUAUCACCUUAGACGUAAUCAGAAGUUCUGUCCAUCUUUAAAUUUAGAUAAACUAUGGACUCUAGUUACUGAGCAAACCAGGCUGAAGUACAAAGACCACCCUGAAGGCAAAGCACCAGUUAUUGAUUGCAUUAGGGCGGGUUAUUACAAGGUCCUUGGUAGGGGAAAACUGCCCCAGCAACCUGUCAUUGUACGAGCCAAGUUCUUCUCGAAGUAUGCUGAAAGGAAGAUCAAAGCCGUCGGUGGAGCUUGUAUUUUAUCUGCUUAAGAUGAAACUUUCCAAAUAAAUUUUUUAUGUU